CUCAAUCCCUUCCCUUCCCAUGCCCUUUCCCAUCCCCCAAACCCCUGCUACGCCCGUACUUUGAACCGGAAACGAAAAGCGAAAGUACCGUACUCACACUCACACCCCCCCAAGGAGCUAGAUAUUACGCUAUCUAUCUCCACUCGCUCGCUCCUCCGCUCGAAUCUCUUAUGGAUCGAAGCUUCCUCAAACUACGUGUACUACCGCCGCUGUUAACGUUUGUGUGUUGACGUUGUGUUGUGUUGAAGUUGUGCCGUUGUUGUUUCUUCCCGGACCGCGAUAUCGAAGAGUAGAGUGAAGAGAGUACAGAACAGAUAGCUACGAGCGAGUAGGACGCUGGACCGCCUUCCCCGACCAAACCGAGCCAACCAAUACCGCCGCGACUUCGGAGCUGCACCACCACCACCACCACCACCACCCAACCAGCUCAACUCCAUACCGAGUUCCCGCGCUCCAGCUCUCCCGACCACCAAAGCCGCCCUCACUCACCACCCCCCGAUGCCUACGACCCCGCGCCCCUAACCCUCGGCCGCGCAACGGGGACGAAGAGAAGCGGAGCAUGGACGCACGCGCCCGGUACGCGCACAUCAAUAGCGGGACAUUCGAGCACGCAGGGCCGCUUGAGGUGGCGGACGACGAGGGGGCUUCGGGGCAGGUGCUACAGAGGGGAGAGAUACGGCGGGUAGGCGAUAGGAAAGAUCUGGCGCAUAUUUCGCGGAUUCAAAGGACGAUAGGCCAGAGGAAGAGGAUGCUGGGGAUGGUGAAGGCGGGGGUUAUUACGACGAGUGCGGGGACGGUGGAGAGGGUGGUGGAUAAUAGGCAGGAGGAGGAUGGAGGUUCUGCGACGCCGACGCCGUCGGGCUCGUGGGAGGAGCAGAGGGGGGUGAAGAGGAAGGUCGAUGCGUGUGGACAUGCUAUACCCGAGGAGGAGUUUGACGAGUUAAUUGAGCCGAAGGUCGAGUCGCCAGGGGACGACGCGGCGUUAGCGCUAAUUGAGAGUCAUCGGCGGUCGAUGGAAUUGAUGUCACCGGUGGCAGCGAAGAGGCCGAGAGGUAGGCCGCGGAAACAUCCCGUUGUGCCAGAGUCGCUCAAUAAGAUUACGAAAGGGAGGUCGAAGACGGGGUGUAUUACGUGUCGGAAACGGAAGAAGAAGUGUGACGAGGCGAAGCCAAGAUGUAAUAACUGCGAGAAGAACGCCGUGGUGUGCGAAGGUUACCCAGAGCGGGCCAUCUGGAAGUCCGGCAAGGAGAAGGCAGAAGAGGGCACGGCGGUCUGGUCAAAGGAUAUCUCGACCUCCAUGCUCGCCCAAUCAACCGCGCAACUCAGUCGCGUGUGCAUCCCCAACAUCCAACUCCAACCCGUGAUCCACGGAGUCGACACAGCCGGCGACCGCAUCUUCUUUGAGCACUACGUGUUCAGGCUGAGCGCAGUACUGACGGUCGAGGGCCCGCAGAAGAAUGCCUUCAAGGAUAUGCUACUUCCGAUGGCCGUCAAGCACCUCGGUCUAAUGCACUCGAUCCUAGCGCUGUCAAGUAGCAACCUCGACUACCAAAGCGAAUACGGGCGCGCGAUCCUAGCCAAGCACCCGGACGUCACGGAGAAUAGCCUGUGCGAGCGCGCGCUAUUCCACCAGGAAGAGGCAGUCAAGGAGUUCGUCCUCGACAUCGAGCGGCAGAACUCCGGCACGACAGAGAACGUCGUGCUCUCCGUGCGCUACGGUCAAAUGCUCUGCUUCGUCGUCAAGAGUCUAACAGAGGGCAAGACGACAGGAGAGCAUCGCGUGCACCUCCAAGCCUACCAGAAGCUCAUCCGCGAGACGCCCCCUGAAGACUCCCCCUUCAUGGAUUUCAUCAAGGAGUACUUCCAAUUCCACAUCUCGGUCGACGAGCUAGUCCACCGGCCCGCCUCCCCACCACUCUCCUCCACAUCCUCCCCAGCCCCCGACGACGACUCCUCUUUGUCCCUCCCGCCCGCUCUCUUCCAGCCCGAAGCAGAGUGCCUCAUGGGCGUCCAGGAUAACCUCUUCUACUUCAUGUCCUCCAUCACCCGCCUCCGUAACAAAAUCCGCAUCAACAUCGAAUCCGACAUCGACCCUAUCGUCGACUACAACGCCCUCUACCGCGCCUCCCAGAUCGACGCCUCCAUCCGCGCUUGGCAGUCCGCAUGGCCCGUCGGCGAGGUCCGCCAUGUCGCAGGUCUGUUAUAUAAGCAGAUGCUCUGGGUGUACCUGUGGCGCAGCAUCUACCCUCCCAAGGCAACGCGCUGGGCGCCCGAUACCAAAAUCACGUCCGCUGUUAACGGUGCGCUGGAACUGCUGAAGUUGAUCCCUGCGAACGACCCGUGCCAGACUGUGGUGCUGACGCCGACGUUUAUUAUUGGGUGUGCGGCGUUUGAGCCGGAGCAGAGGAUACCGAUUAGGGAGAGUAUUAGAAGGAUUAGGGCGUAUACGACGUUGCGGAAUGCGGAUCGUGCGCUGGAGGUGCUGGAGGAGGUGUGGAGGUAUAUGGAUAAGAGGGAUGAGAGGAGUUGGGAUUGGCAGGGGAUUGCGAGUGAUAUGGGGAUGGACUUUUUGGCUACGUGAAAGGCGGAGGGAGAGUAUAUUUGGAGGAGCAGCGCGGGGGAGGUUGGCGGCGUGGGGAAUUCCGGAGUUAUGGAUGCUACGGCUGGAGCGUGACGCGCCUAUUAAUGGACUCGGAGUGGAUGGGAAAGUCGACUCCCUUGUCCUGGCGCGAGCUGGAUCGGUAUACUCGAAAGCGCCGCCCACGAUGACGGCGCGCGAUACACGACCCCCCCCCUGGAUUCCAUAUCGACAGGCAUACGACUGUCGCCAUACGUCACCCGAUACACAACUGCUAUAUAUGACGCUGCUCACUAUCAAACCGCAUCUCACGGCGUUCGGGCAGGUGGGAAAAAUGGGAUCGGCGUUCACGCCUACACCUCAUCUACAUUAUCAAUAUACAUCGACGUCUAUCUACACCUACAACCCGUCAUCGCAUAUUCCCCGCCCCGAGCGACGGAUCUCAGGGGCUACGACCCCUCAACCUAUUUUGUUUUCAAUCCCGCUUACUGUGCAUUUUUUUGCUAUCCAUUUAUGAAACCGGUAUCCAGGCCGGUCGGUGCACAGCGACGGGCUCGGGUGGCGGCUGUUCGUGAAAUCAUUUUUUAUUAUUAUUAUUAUUUUUAGUUUUUACCCCCUCCCUCUCCAUCUAAGUUGGGGAACUCAUGCUGUUAAUGGAUACGGCUAAGUCUAGAUACUUACUCUUGCCUGUUAACAGCAGAGGUUCCUCAUCUAGAUGGAAGGGAGGGGAGGGGUACUAGGGACGGACGGGGG